AUGGCACCAUAUGGCAUUGGGCCGUACCAGUCCCACCAAGAAGUUGAUGCAGAUAUCUGCCCUCAGGUGUCUGAGCUCAUCCCAAAGUCCAACGGUGCUUUGUGGAAGACUUUGGGCGACACCUAUGAAACUGACGCAUUUAAGAUGAGAGCGGUGGACUGGCUUGCAGGGGCUGUUAGAAUCCCAACAGAAUCCUAUGAUCAGAUGGGUCCUGUCGGGACUGACCCACGCUGGGAGAAAUUCGGUGCUUUUCACGACUAUUUGUUGAAGGCCUUUCCACUGGUCCAUGCUUCCCUUGAGGUGACAAAAGUCAAUACGUAUGGCCUGAUAUACGUGUGGAAAGGAACGAGUAGCUCUCUCAAGCCUCUCUUGCUUGCAGCCCACCAAGACGUUGUUCCCGUGGAGGAUACCACAAUUGACCAAUGGCAGUAUCCACCUUUUUCUGGGUACUUUGACGGUGAGCGAGUAUGGGGACGCGGCUCGCAAGACGACAAAAGCGGGCUGAUAGGCGAGUCCGCUAUGGAAAAUAUGCUGGAGAGCAAGUUUCAGCCAACUCGAACCGUAGUUUUGGCAUCCGGGUUCGACGAGGAGACCAGCGGCCUUCACGGCGCUCAAAUGUUGGCACCAGUGUUACUGGAGAUGUUUGGUGAAAACGGUUAUGCUAUGCUAGUGGAUGAAGGCUCUGGAUAUGGCGAACAGUUUGGCCGAGUCAUCGCAACUCCCGGUAUUUCUGAGAAAGGGUAUUUGGAUGUAAUGAUAAAUAUUGCAUCUCCUGGUGGCCACUCAAGUCUUCCACCGCUUCACACUAGCAUUGGUAUACUGGCGGAUAUGCUUGUCAAUAUCGAGAGAAAUCCAUUCGAAGUCCAUCUUGAAAGAGGUUCACCGACGUACAAGAUUGCACAAUGUCUUGUUCGCACACCUGACCUUCCUGCAUCGCUGCGAAGAGACAUCAUUCACGCAGAAUACAAUGAACUUGCUCUUCGCCGCGCUGAGCAGGAACUCUUCAAGAACCCGAUGUUCAAAAAUCUUGUCGGAACCACUCAAGCUAUUGACCUCAUUCAUGGAGGGGUAAAAGUCAAUGCUCUGCCAGAGCAAGCUUGGGCUGUAGUGAAUCAUCGCAUUUCGACGCAGAGUUCCGUCACUGCAACGAAAAGGCGUGACACUGAGCUGCUCAUGUCGCUAGCAAGCCAAUUCAACCUAUCAUAUACCGCCUUCGGUGCUAGGAUAACUGAUGCCGAUGCUCCCGCGUUUGGCGCCUUGACACUAUCUGAAGCUUAUACGCAUGGGCUUGAGCCUGCUCCAGUCUCACCCACUGGACAUGACGCCGUUCCUUACCAAUUGUUAUCUGGCACUAUCAGAGCUGCAUAUAACUCUCACAGAGGUCUUUCAGAUGAUGAUAGCUUGAUCAUCAGUCCUGGAAUUAUGUCAGGCAACACAGACACGAGGUACUAUUGGAAGUUGACCGAGCAUAUCUUCCGCUAUGGCCAUACAGACGGUGCUACGGGUGGAAGCAUCAUUUCUGGGGUACACACCGUCAACGAGGCCAUCAAAAUCAGUAACUUCGUUGAAAUGAUUCGAUUCUUCACCACACUUAUUCUCAAUGUUGAUGAAUCGGAGUUGCCCUGA